AUGAAAGAAAAUAAGUGUGGUAACCCAUCAGAUGAGAGCCUAAUAGGCUGCUGGGUAUGCCGGGGCCUUAGACUGACGGCUUCGGCUUCUCGGCUGUCUGAUGCAGCUGUCACCAUGUUGGACUGGUGCAUAGAAAUACAGCUGCCUGCUCGAGCGGACACCUCUAAGAGGACGGUUCUCAGUUACCAAAAGGAACAGGGCUCCUCACCCAGUCAGCUUGCCCCUUUUCUUCUUGGGAAACAAAUGCUCCGUCCUUCUUGGUACCUUCUUCCCACCACAGCCAUGGCCAUCGCCAGUCUGCAUCUGGGUUGUGAUUUAAUCCAGACUUUAGUACAAGGAGGACUGCUCUCUCAGUGGAACCUCCUGCCAGGGUCCGUCAGCGGCCCCACAGCUGUGAGGCUGCCUCGGUCGCCGCCGCUCAAGGUGCUGGCGGAGCAGCUGCGGCGCGACGCGGAGGGCGGCCCGGGCUCGUGGCGGUUGUCGCGGGCGGCGGCGGGCCGCGAGCCGCUGGAGCUGACGGCCGUGUGGAUGCAAGGCACUGUGGUGGAGGCCGGCGGCGGCGAGGCGCGGCUGCGGGACCCAAGCGGGUCCUUCUCGGUUCGCGGCCUGGAGCGGGUGCCGCGCGGGCGGCCCUGCCUCGUCCCAGGAAAGUAUGUGAUGGUGAUGGGAGUGGCUCAGGCCUGCAGCCCCGAGCCCUGCCUGCAGGCUGUGAAGAUGACAGAUCUUUCAGAUAAUCCCCUCCAUGAAAGCUUGUGGGAGCUGGAAGUGGAAGAUUUACACAGGCAUAUAUAUUCCUUAGAUGAUGUUGGAACCGGUGAUAAAAAAAACAACUGAAGUUAUGGAACAACUUGCAUUCUUACCAUGUGGAUUUCAUAGACAUCACUCGAUAUAUAUUUCUCAAAGGUUAAUCAGAAAGCUUUGCUCUGAGGAGUCCAGAUGCAGGACCGCUAAAUGCUGGGACACUCUGGUGAACUCAGCCCCUGCUGCCCUUUGCUUUGACUGUUUGCUGAUGAAAAGCAGAUGUUUUGUUCUCUCUCUCUCUCUUUUUUUUUUUUUUUUUGCUCUCUCUGUGUUAAUUCUGUCUCCCUGAAGCACACAGAAACCUCAUGGUGCAUUUUCCAAGUUUUACAAGUGAUGAUGCUUUUUCCAUUACCACCGCGGCCCUGUUUUACGAGGCCGAAUUUGAACCUCAGUCACGGCCCGUGGAGAUGAAAAGCGUGGUUAUGGGCAGGAAAAGAGGCUGCGUGAAAAAGGAAUGACCUCAUGGCCCCGCGUCUCCUCCAUCCACAGCUUCCAUAUCCAGCCUGCAAGUCAAACAGCAUUUUCUGACUGCAGGCUCUGGGGCCUCUCAGAGACAGCCCUCUUCCUGCCUCAGAUGCCACUCAGCCCUAAACGUGAGGUCCCUUCUCCGCAGAGCUGGACAUGGAUGCCUGCCCUUCUUCCUUCCACUGGGGAUGUUGAAACACCCUCAGAACUUCUUGUUGAAACAAAAAUCAAGAUGAAGAAUGACUUGCAGGCAUGAACUAAACUUCUGCCUCAUAACUUUUGAUGAGACACCAGGAGGGGCAGCCUGCUGGUUAGGUAAGAGUCUUCGCGGUGUUUUCUGUAGGGAAUGGAGUUUGGUUGUGAUUGUAUUGAAUGUUGGGUGGCUGCUCUCUGCUUCUUACCCAAUCUUCACUUUUCCUUAGAUUUUAAAUGUCAAGGGAGGGAGGGGGUCAGGUUUUGUUCCCCAUUGCUGUAGGCUUUUGCUGGAGUUGAUUUUUAACCACCAAUAAAUUGUUUCCUAUGCUG